AUGUGCGAGAAAAGAGAGGAAAGCAUUACGUUGGCCAUCGACAGAGACAAAGAGAGCCAGAACGCUUUAAAAUGGACAGUCGACAACCUUGUUAGCAAAGGACAGACUCUUACUCUUCUUCAUGUCAAACUCAAACAAUCAUCUUCGCUUCCUUCGGGGAAUAAGUCAAGCGAUGAUGGCGCAGAAUUGUUUCUUCCAUUCCGCUGCUUCUGUGCUAGAAAAGAUGUCCUCUGCCAAGACGUGAUUGUGGAGGACAUGAGUGCGGCUAAAGGAAUACUUGACUUUGUGCAGAAGAAUGCAGUCGAGACGCUAGUAGUCGGUGCAUCCAAGAUGACUCUUUUAAGAAGGUUCAAAGCACCAGAUGUUUCAAGCACUGUCAUAAAAAAGGCACCUAGUUUUUGUACAGUAUAUUCAAUCUCUAAAGGAAAAAUCUCUUCCAUGAAAUCAUCGACAUCUUCACUUCCGAGUUCCACUAUGCGGCAGCGUGUACAAACUCAAAAGAGCAAUAUGAAUAUUCAAAGGAGGCAAAGUACAAUGCAACGAACACAUGACGAGAUCGAGAUCAAAAGAGGAUACGAAGGCACAUACCAGGCCUCGAUGAUGGACUCCGAUAUAUCGUUUGUGAGUAGUGGAAGACCUAGCGUGGAUCUUAUGUUCCCUUCCUUUCAUGACCAUGUCGACGUUCCGCGCCUCUCACUCAACUCUGAAUAUGAAGAAAAUCGAAUUAGUAUUGCGACAUCUUGCUCGUCAGAUAAGCAGUCCAUAGAUAUUGGUUCUUCAUAUGCAGCAUUUUCAUCAAGCUCCCUUGGAAGUGGGAGACAAUCAUGUUCACUAUCGAGCCAGGAUGAGAUGGAAGCCGAGAUGAGAAGGUUGAAAAUGGAGCUAAAGUAUACAAUGGACAUGUAUAACACUGCCUGCAAGGAAGCAAUUUCUGCCAAAAAGGCGGCUACUGAGUUACACAAGUGGAAAGCAGAUAAGGAACUGAAAUUAGAAGAGGUAAGACUUGCCAAGGAAACAGCGAUGCAAAUGGCGGAGAGUGAGAAAGAAAAGAGUAGAGCUGCUAUGGAAACUGCAAUGGCAUCCCACAGAAUAGCAGAAUUUGAAGCUCAAAAGAGAAAGCAUAUUCAAACCGCAGAGGAAAAGAAGAGGGCGACGAGUUCUUUGGCGAAAACUGAUUUAAGAUACAGGAAAUACAUAAUCGAGGAGAUUGAAGAAGCCACAGAAGAUUUCUCUCCCAGUCGCAAGAUUGGAGAAGGAGGUUAUGGACCUGUUUACAAGGGAUCACUAGAUUACACACAAGUGGCAAUAAAAGUUCUAAGACCAGACGCGGCACAAGGAAGGUCUCAGUUCCAGCAAGAGGUUGAAGUACUAACCUGUAUGAGACAUCCGAACAUGGUUCUCUUACUUGGGGCCUGUCCGGAAUACGGAUGUUUAGUCUACGAAUACAUGGCAAAUGGUAGCUUAGAAGACUGUCUGUUCAGACGAGGAAACUCUCCAAUUCUUUCUUGGCAGCUAAGAUUUCGCAUAGCAGCUGAAAUUGCAACCGGUCUGCAUUUCCUCCACCAGAUGAAACCGGAGCCUUUGGUUCACCGUGACCUUAAACCGGGAAACAUUUUACUUGACAAGCAUUUCGUCAGCAAGAUUUCUGAUGUUGGCUUGGCAAGGCUAGUCCCUCCAUCGGUUGCAGACACCGUAACACAAUAUAGAAUGACGUCAACAGCCGGAACAUUCUGUUAUAUAGAUCCAGAAUACCAGCAGACCGGCAUGCUGGGGACUAAAUCAGACAUCUACUCGUUCGGGAUUAUGCUUUUGCAAAUACUUACAGCUAAGCCACCAAUGGGUUUGACACACCAUGUUGAGAAAGCAAUCCAAAACGGAAAAUUCCCCGAGAUGUUAGACCCUAUUGUUCCUGACUGGCCAGUCGAAGAGGCCUUGGUUGCAGCCAAACUUGCUCUAAAAUGUGCAGAAUUAAGACGCAAAGACAGGCCUGACUUGGGUCACGCUGUUUUGCCUGAGCUUAACAGACUGAGAGCACUAGCCGAAGAAAUCAUGCCAUCUGUUAACUUUGGCAGAAGCCUUCGACCUUCACCGAAUACUACUACGAACCGGAAUAACUGCCACAUACAGCGUCCAGUUGCCACAACUUCACUAUAUGUAUGA